AUGUCAUUUUCUGAAUAAUAAGGUUAAGAGUUGUAAAUUAGAAAAGCAGACUUAGAUGAUUACGAUGAGAUUAUGUAAUUGAUGUAAGAAGAAGGAGAAGAAGAUUUAUAAUAACUCUAUGCAUAUCCUAAGAUUCUUACAUUAUUUGAAAGAUCCUAUUUGUCAGUGACAGUUCUUGAUUCAUAGAAUAAUAUUAUAGGAAGUGCAGUAUUUGAUGAUUGUCCAUAAGGAGUAACAGGAUAAGUUGAUUUUAAACAUGAAAAUUUAUGGGAAUAAUGGAUUCAUGAUGGAUGGGAUAUAGGGUUUCAUGUAAGCUCAUUCAACUGUCUUUGGAUGACAUUCUUUUUUCUUGGUAAUCUUUUUAUAUCUAUAUAUAGCUAAGAAGAGAUUCCAAUUGACUGAAGAUCAACAGUUACAGAUCACUAAACAAAUCUUUCAAAAAGUCUAUGAUUAUUUGAAUGUUGUAAAUGGUAUCUUCUUUUUGAGAAGAAGUGAAGCUAAUGAUGCAACAUAAUAAGAAUUAGAUAUUGCUUUAGAGAAUUUAUUUGAAAUUCUGCCAAAAAGAUAAGAUUUCAAAUUGAAAGUAUAGAUAUAUACUCUAUUAUAUUAUAGUUUAUGUAAGGAGUAAAUUAGAAUUGUGAGAUAUAUUAUUCAGCAUCUUCUAUGGUAACUGAAUUAUUAGAAAUACGAAUGGCACGUGAAGAGGAUCAUGAUGAUUUAGCUGCUAUCUUUAAUCGUUAAUCAGAUGUACAUACUGAAGAAUUUGGUGAAUUUUUUAUUGCUGAUUUGAUUGCUACUCAAAAUCAAACUAGAAGAUAAGCAAGAAAUUAUAGAAGUGAUGGAAAAGCAAUUGUUGGAUAAGUUGGAGAUAAGGCAGUUGGAUUAAUGAGUAUUUCAAGUGAUAUUGAGUAAGAGCUUAGUCUAAAGUAGUUAUCGUCUACUUGGAUAGUGUUUCGAUUUAGAAGUGUUUGACAAUCUUUACAAAUCUGAAUACAUGGAAGCCAUUAGAAAUAGAUUGGAUUAGUUGGCACUUGAAGAGUAAAUCAAUAAACAGAUUAUUACUUAUAAGAAACAUAUCGAAUUAACUAAAGAAGCUAUGAAAUGUCAUAUAAUUGGACAAAGACUGUUUUUACAAUAGUAUUGUUUUGAUAGAGAUUAGGAGAUUAAAUAAAAAAUUGAUGAUUAUGGGUAAGAAGACUUAGCUAAAACACUUACAUAAUAGGUUGUUACUAAUAUGAUUAAUGGAUGGUUAAAAGAUUAUUAAGUAUUUAAACCCAGUAAUUUAUUUUUGGAAUAUCCUGAUUCAUUUAAAGAUUUAGAAUGUCUCACUAUUAAACCUAUACAGGUAUUGUUGGAAGCUCUUGAGUUCUUUGGAUUACCUAAAGGAUAUAUGAAUGGAGAAGGUCAUUGGAAAGAUUGGGCCAAAAAGAAAGAAGAAGAAUAAAAAGCACUUUCUCUCAAAAGACCAAAGAGAUAAUAAAAGAAAACUAAUAAAAAAGCAAAGAAGGAAGAUAAGGAUGAAGAUAUAUUCAAACCACCUCCUUAUUUUGAUUUGGGACCCUUUUUAUAAGCUUUUACUAAAUUUACAUCUGUAUCAGCUGAAACUAGAACAUAAUUUAGAAAAUAAAUUGAAUCAAGAGUUAAAGAGUUAAUAAUGGAAUUCUGUACUGAAAAUGGAGAAAUGGAUCCAAGUAGACAUAUAGAUUUGAUUGAAUUUCCUGAUGUUUUAAGAAAUAAAGGAUUUGACAUUGGAGCACCUAUGGGAGAAAAUUUGGCAUUUAUAUUAGAAUGUUUUGGUGAAUUAGAAGUAGAUAAUAGGAUAAUCUAAAAAAUAAAAGAAGAAAAGGAUGCUAAAAAAAAGGAUGCUAAUCUUAAGAAAGUUGGCGAUGAUGCACCUAAACCUGUUGAUGUAUUAUAAAAAAUGACAUCUUAUAGUGAAUUCAUUGGAGCAAUUUAAAAAUUAAAAAUUUAUGAUUAAAUGAUGUGUAGAUUAUAAUUAGUUCGAUCAAAUACAUUAUAAAAUGAAGUAGAAGAAAUCAUAUAAGAAGAAUAAAAUAAAAUUAAUAAUCUUGAACAAGCUAAGAAUGUUUAAAGAAAUUAAACUUAAUUUGAUGAACAUGUUUCUUAAAUUUAAUCAAUUGAUUAAUUACCAGAAGUACCUAAAGCAGCUUAAAAUGCUGUUGUUAUCAAUCUAUUUUGUAUUGAUGAAAGAUUUGAAUCAAGAUCACUUGAUUUUGUAGAAAGAGCCUUUGAACUCUUUCCUGAUAGAGAAUAUCUUAUUCUAACAUAACCAUAUACAGUUUAAGAGACUACUCUGUUAUCACAUUUUCUUUAGGUAUAGAGAAAAAAACAUUCUACUUUUGAACAUGUUCUUUAUAUAUUCCAUAGAAAUAGUUUAGAUUCUCAUUUGAUAGAAUUAAGAAAAUUGAAUUAAAAUGAAUGGAAUUAAUGUCAAUUUUUAGUAGAAAAUUUAUUAGGAAAAGAUAAUAUUGAAAAAGAUGUUAAAAAUGUUAAUGAUAAUGAAACAUUUAUUGUUUAUUGCAAAGAUGAAAUAAUUGGAUUAUAUUGUAUGAAAAAGUAUGUUAAUCUAUAAUAUUUAAAAUCUCAUUUUUGUAUUCAAGAUCAUAUACUAAUUAAAGAACAUCCUAAACAUUUACAUACAAGAUUAUUACAUGGAAUAUUGAAUCCAUUAUUUGCUAAAUAAACAAGAUUUAUUUUAAGAGAAAUUUGUAGAUUGAUGGAUAAAACAUGUAUAAUGUUAGAAAUUCAUGAUCGUACACUUUUACCUGAUAUAUUCCAUGAAUUUAAUUUUGUAAGAAGUCGUGCAUUCCCUCAUUUUUUAAAAUAGAAAUGGGAUUGGACUCUUGAUAAUGAUUAAAAAGAACGAAUGGGUGCAAUUUUAGAUGAUCGUGAUCCAUAUGAUUAAACUCAAUCACCUUUUUCUUUAGCAAUGCUUACUAAAAAAUAAUUAUCAAAUGUUAAAAUCUCUAAUAAUUCUCGUAUUGUUGUUGUUGGAGCAUCUGAUACUGGAUUAUCUUUUAUAGAAUCAUUACUUACAAUAAAGGAUAUUCAUUUUACUAAUAUUAUUUUAUUGGCUCCUGGAGGUUUAAUAACAAUGCAUGUUAAACAUGAAUUUGAAAUGUUAAAAGCAAUGAGUACUAAUUAUACAUUAGAAGAAUUAAGAGCUUUAAUGAUAGAUGCUAGAGUAUAAGUAGUAGAUGCUAAAAUGGUAAAGUUGGAUAAAAAGGGAAAUAGAAUUAAAAUCGAUAAAAAUGCAUUUAUUCCUUUUGAUUAUCUAAUUAUUACUGUUGGUUUAAUUGAUACUGAAUUAUAAUCAAGAGAAAAAAUAAGUUUUGGACUAUCCAAAUCUCCCUAUUAUAAAAAUUCAUAAUUUAUAAAUGGAGUGUAUAGUAUAGAUGAUCCAUAUCUAUAUUCUCAUUUCAAAAGAACUGGAUUCAAAGGUAGUAAUAUUGAUUUGUUAACCAGAAAGAAAAAACCACAAAAUAUAACUAUUUAUGGUAAUACUUUAACUACAAUUACAUUUAUAAAUGGAUUACUUAAUAGAGGUGUCCAUCCAUCUCGUAUUCAUUAUGUUAUGCCACCUAAAACAUUUUAAAAAUAAACUAAAUUUGAGAAUAAUAAACAAAGACUUGAAUAAGAGGAUAAAAUGAUAUUUGAUCCAGAUUAAUUUGAAAAUGAGGAAGUUAAAAAUAAAGUAUUUGCUAUAAUGCUAGAAUUAGGCAUAAAAAUAUAUCAAGGAUUCACACUAUAUGAAUUGAAAGUAGGCAAGGAAGGAUUUGGAUUAAAUAGUGAAGAUGUAUUAUAGGAAGUCAUCUUUAGGAAAUAAGCAGACAAUUAUGAGGAAUUGAAAAUUGAAAUUUAGAGAAAGGAGUAAGAACUUUAAGAGUUAAAAGAUAAUUCUGAAAACAAUAUGAGUAAAGAUAUGUAUGGAGAAUAGGAGGAAGGUGAAAAUUAGUUGGAAGUACUAGCUAGAGAAAUUGAGUAACUUAAGGCAAGUGAAUAUGAUUACUUAUAAUUGGAUUCAAGAUUCUUUAUUACAAGUGGUUUGAUUGAUAUUGACAAGGAAAUAUUCCAUAUCAUUCAUGAAAAUGGAUUAGUAUACAAUGGUAGAUUAAUUGUUAAGAGUAAUUUUUAAACUACUCAAGAAAAUAUAUUUGCUUGUGGUAAGAUUUGUGAAUUUUCUCAAAGAUAUAAACAUCAUUCAGUUGGUAAGAGUCUAAGAUUAGAUAAGUAUAAUGGUAGAGAACUUGGUUAAAAACUUAGUAAAUGUAUUUUAGAACAAUUAAAUUUAAGUUAUCUAACAUCAUAAACUUAUUCAGUAGAUGAAUUACCAUAAUUAUAUAUGCCUAUUGGAUAAGGUGGGAUAGUUCCUUACAAACUUUAUUAUUAUUAUAUUAAAAAGAAUGAUUUUUCAAAGCCUAAACAAUUACAAUAAUAACCAUCUAAACCAAUAGUAUCUGAUAAUUUUAACAAUUCAAAAGGUCAUUUUCUAUAAUUUGAUGUUGAUCCUAAUGGACUUAUUGAAAGUCUAACUUACUUUGGUUCUGAAGCUGUUCACAUUCCAAGUUUGAUUCACUUUAUAGAAUUAUCAGUAAGAUAUUUAAACAAAUUGGAUUAAAGAGGCAAAUUAAUUAAUAAUGUAUCUGAAUUUCUCUCUGAAAAUUGGGCCAUAGCUUUAUAUCAUGAAUGGUUUAGUGAAUUUAGACAUAUUACUAAGAGUGAGAUGUUAAAAAAUGAACUUAUUGAUUAAGUACUUGAGAAAUCACAAGAAUAUGCUAGAGAUGGUCGUUAUAUGGAUGAUAAUUUCUUUGAAGAGAUUAAAAAACUCAUCACAAGAGACAUAGUGGAGAAUAUACAAGUAAAUUAAUUAUAUUCAUUUCUUUAGGAAGGUACCAUUGAAUUUAUAAGAUAAAAUUAGAACCAUUUACCUAUGUACUUUGUUCCAAAAUAGAAACUAAAUUGA